AUGAUGCACCGUACUUAUUCCAUGCGCUCAACGCGCAUACCGACCGCUUCGCAGGCCGAGAAUCCCGCCCCACCCCCGUCCACGACCAAGACAAACAGGUGGCUGGGCAAGGGGAGCAUCGCCCAUACAUUCCGCAAAAAUGCCACUGUUUUCGGCCCCGAUCUUUCGAGGAAGCUGUCACAGCUGGUCAAAAUGGAAAAGAAUGUGAUGCGCAGCAUGGAAUUGGUAGCAAAAGAGCGAAUGGAAGUUGCUCAACAACUUUCCAUCUGGGGUGAGAACUGCGAUGAUGAUGUAUCGGAUGUUACGGAUAAACUUGGUGUCCUGAUUUACGAAAUUGGAGAAUUGGAGGAUCUGUAUGUUGAUCGUUACGAUCAAUAUCGUGUUACCAUCAAGAGCAUUCGGAACAUCGAGGCUUCCGUACAGCCCAGCAGAGAACGUAAGCAGAAGAUCACAGACGAGAUCGCCAAACUCAAGUACAAGGACCCGUCUUCUCCUCGUAUCGUCGUGCUCGAGCAGGAGCUUGUUCGCGCAGAGGCCGAGUCUCUAGUUGCGGAGGCCCAAUUGUCCAAUAUCACCCGGGAGAAGCUGAAGUCGGCCUUCGAGUACCAGUUCAAUGCGCUUCGGGAGCAUUCUGAGAAAGUAGCUAUCAUCGCCAGCUACGGGAAGCAUCUUUUGGAUCUUAUCGAUGGUUCUCCUGUCACCCCUGGCGAGACUCGCCAAGCAUAUGACGGAUACGAAGCGAGCAAGGCCAUUAUUCAGGACUGCGAGGAGGCUUUGACGAAUUGGGUGUCUGCGAAAGCCUCUGUGAAGCCCAGUUUGUCGACACGGUCCCGCACCCUCUCUCAACGUCACCGCGAAAAUCUUGCCAAGCAUCGUGGCGAAGGUAUUGACUUGUCUUCUCAAGACCAACCCAUGAGGGGAGAUCGGGAUUCAUGGGUUCCAGCCGACCAGCACCCAGGAUAUCAAGAUGGGAGCAUUGAAGACGGAAGCAUCGAUGGUGAACCGAGCCGAGGCCGAGAGGAAGAGAGAGUGGAAGAAUCAGUGGAGGAGAGAACAGUAUCGACGACCGCUUAA